GCACGUCGUUGUGCGCGGGUUUGGCGCGCGGUGGCGGCAGUAGCAGCCGAGGCCCACAAGCCGACCGGUGCCGCCUUUUCCCCCUUUUCUCUCUGGCACGUUCUCCCGCGGACUUUCCUCCGCCCGCAUCUCUCCUCCCGCCCGCUGCGGCGCUGCCUGGGGGCCACAGCGGAAUGGCGGCGGCGGCGGCCGGCGGGGGGCCUGGGCCCGUGGCUCAGGGGCUGAAGGAGGCACUGGUGGAGACCCUGAACGGGAUUCUGUGCCCGGUGCAGGGAGUGCGCGCCGCCGCUGAGGAACAGGUGAAGGUGUUGGAGGUGACCGAGGAAUUUGGUGUUCACUUGGCAGAAUUGACUGUAGAUCCCCAAGGAGCACUGGCCAUUCGUCAGCUGGCAUCUGUAAUUUUGAAACAAUAUGUUGAAACACACUGGUGUUCCCAGUCAGAGAAGUUUAGACCUCCUGAGACUACAGAAAGGGCAAAAGCUGCCAUUAGAGAACUGCUUCCCAAUGGGCUGAGAGAAUCAAUUAGUAAAGUGCGUUCAAGUGUUGCCUAUGCAGUUUCAGCAAUCGCACACUGGGAUUGGCCUGAAGCUUGGCCUGCACUUUUCAAUCUUUUAAUGGAAAUGCUGGUCAGUGGAGAUCUGAAUGCAGUGCAUGGAGCUAUGCGAGUGCUUACAGAAUUCACUCGGGAGGUGACAGACACACAGAUGCCCCUUGUUGCUCCAGUUAUUUUACCAGAGAUGUAUAAGAUUUUUACAAUGGCAGAGGUAUAUGGUAUUCGUACAAGGUCACGAGCUGUAGAAAUCUUCACCACUUGUGCCCAUAUGAUCUGUAAUAUGGAAGAAUUGGAAAAGGGAGCAGCUAAAGUUCUGAUUUUCCCAGUGGUGCAGCAGUUUACUGAAGCCUUUAUUCAGGCUUUACAAAUGCCUGAUGGCCCUACAUCAGAUAGUGGACUUAAAAUGGAAGUUUUAAAGGCAGUGACAGCCUUAGUGAAGAACUACCCAAGGCAUAUGAUUUCCUCCAUGCAACAGAUACUUCCCAUUGUUUGGAAUACACUUACAGAAAGUGCAGCCUUUUAUGUGAGAACAGAAGUAAAUUACACAGAAGAAGUAGAAGAUCCUGUGGAUUCUGAUGGUGAAGUCUUGGGUUUUGAAAAUCUAGUAUUCAGCAUAUUUGAGUUUGUUCAUGCACUUUUGGAUAACAACAAAUUUAAGAGCACAGUGAAGAAAGCUUUGCCAGAACUAAUAUAUUAUAUCAUUCUGUAUAUGCAGAUCACAGAGGAGCAGAUUAAAGUCUGGACUGCAAACCCACAACAGUUUGUUGAGGAUGAAGAUGAUGAUACAUUUUCUUACACUGUUAGAAUUGCUGCACAAGACUUAUUGCUGGCUGUAGCAGCUGAUUUCCAGAAUGAAAGUGCAACAGCUUUGGCUGCAGCUGCUACAAGACACUUGCAGGAAGCUGAACAAGCUAAAAACAGUGGUGCUGAGCAUUGGUGGAAGAUACAUGAAGCCUGCAUGCUGGCUUUAGGUUCAGUCAAAUUUUUGAUUACAGACAGUGUGAAGAAUGGCAGAAUACACUUUGACAUGCAUGGAUUUCUAACAAAUGUUGUUCUUGCAGACCUCAAUCUGUCAGCAUCUCCAUUUUUGCUUGGCCGUGCUCUUUGGGCUGCUAGUCGCUUCACAGUUGCAAUGUCUCCAGAGCUCAUCCAGCAGUUCCUUCAAGCCACAGUCAGUGGUCUUCAUGAAACCCAACCCCCUUCUGUGAGAAUUUCUGCAGUAAGGGCUAUUUGGGGCUACUGUGACCAACUGAAGAUCUCUGAAAGCACCCAUGUCUUACAGCCUUUCCUUCCCAGUAUCCUCGAUGGACUAAUCCAUUUAGCAGCUCAAUUUAGUUCAGAGGUCCUCAAUCUUGUGAUGGAAACACUUUGCAUUGUCUGCACAGUAGAUCCAGACUUUACAGCGAGUGUAGAGAACAAGAUUUGUCCAUUCACCAUUGCAAUCUUUCUCAAGUACAGUAAUGAUCCUGUUGUUGCUUCACUUGCCCAAGACAUCUUUAAGGAACUAGCACAAAUAGAGGCCUGUCAGGAUGCAAUGCAGAUGAGAUUAAUUCCAACUCUUGUCAGUAUCAUGCAAGCUCCUGCUGAUAAGAUUCCAACAGGGCUUUGUGCAACUUCGAUAGACAUAUUAACAAGCGUUGUAAGAAAUACUAAACCUCCCCUUUCUGAGCUUUUAAUCUGCCAAGCUUUUCCUGCUGUGGCUCACUGUAGCCUGCAUACAGAUGAUCAUGCUACCAUGCAGAAUGGUGGUGAGUGUCUCCGUGCAUACAUCUCAGUAGCUCUGGAACAAAUUGCACAAUGGCAUGACGAACAAGGCCACACUGGACUAUGGUAUGUGAUGCAGGUGGUAAGCCAGCUUCUAGAUCCACGCACCUCAGAAUUCACAGCUGCCUUUGUAGGCAGAUUAGUUUCCACGUUGAUUUCCAAAGCAGGAAGUGAAUUGGGAGAGAAUUUGGACCAGAUUCUAAGAGCAAUUCUUAGUAAAAUGCAACAAGCGGAAACACUCGCUGUAAUGCAGUCUUUGAUCAUGGUAUUUGCUCACUUGGUUCAUUCUCAGUUGGAACCACUAUUAGAAUUCCUUUGCAGCCUACCUGGGCCCACCGGCAAGCCUGCUCUGGAAUUUGUAAUGUCAGAGUGGAUGAGUCGACAACACUUGUUCUAUGGUCAAUAUGAAGGCAAGGUCAGCUCUGUAGCCCUGUGUAAACUCCUCCAAUAUGGUAUCAACACAGAUGACAAGCGACUCCAGGAUAUUAGAGUCAAAGGAGAAGAAAUAUUUAACAUGGAAGAAGGAAUUCGCACUCGAUCAAAAGCAGCCAAAAAUCCUGAACGCUGGACAAACAUUCCUUUGUUAGUUAAAAUCUUAAAGUUGAUAAUAAAUGAACUUUCUAAUGCAAUGGAAGCAAAUGCUUCCCGACAAACUGCAGCAGAAUGGAGUCAAGAGGAAUCCAAUGAUAUGUGGGAAGAUCAAGAAGAUGAGGAGGAGGAAGAGGAGGAAGGGUUAACAGGCCAGCUAUUGUCAGAUCUUCUUGCCACAAACAAGUAUGAUGAAGAUUAUUAUGAAGAUGAUGAGGAAGAUGAUCCAGAUGCACUGAAGGAUCCUCUGUAUCAAAUAGACCUACAGGCUUACCUUACAGACUUCUUAUGUCAGUUUGCACAGCAGCCCUGCUAUGCAGUGUUCUCAGACCAUCUCAAUGAGAAUGAAAGAAGAGUUCUUCAGACCAUUGGCAUAUAAAUCCAGAGCAUUAUUAUCAUAUCUGGACAGUAUUUUUCUGGUCUGUUUCGUGUUUUGUGAAAAACAUGAAAUGCCUUCCAUUAUUCACAAGAUACUACAAAUGUGAUUAUCUUAAUUUUGAAGUACUGUUCCUUAUCUCAACAUGAUGUAGGGUUAAAAUAUUAUCGAGAAGGCAAGAAAAGGCCCAUUAUUAAUAGAUCUUUGCAUACUGGAUUCACAUAAUGGGAACACUGUUCUUCAGAUCAUCUUUCCAGGUGAUUAUUAAAAUAAGGUGCCCUAAAGUCAGUUUUCAUCCUAUGAAAAGGCACUUCACUGACUUUUUCACAGCAGAGCUUAAUGGAAUGAGGAAGACAUCGUGGUUUGUAGUUUGUGUGGAUGUGUAUAGAAAUUGGGAAGUUUGUCCCACUUCGCACUUGUGUCACACAGGGUAAAUUAUCUUGACCUUCCCAUAUAACAUCUUUUUAUAGAGACUUGAAUGAAUUGAAAUCUACUUAGAAGAAUUUGGAUUAUAACUGAAAAAUAAAAUUAAGUUAAAUCUUUUUCCAUUUGUAGAUGGAGGUAAAUAGCUUCCAUCUGGACUGUCAUUUUCAUAAUCCUUUACUAAACCUAUCAUGCACGCAUACUGAGCAGACCUGUUACAUAAAAACUCAGUUCCUGUGGUUACUGAUGACUUUGGUUUUGCAACCAAACAUUUUUAUAUGAAAUAUUGAUUGUAUUUAACUUGACUAUUUACUUCAUGACUACAGUUCUCAAAAGCUUUUUGCUUUUUUCACACACAAUAAUUAUACAAAAUGGCUAAGCUGUAGUUCACAAAUUAGUAUGUGUAUUUUUAUAGGGCAGUAAAAUUAACAUUUACUAGCUUAUUUGCAAGUAAGUGCAACGAUGCAUCUCACAACACCUCUUUGCCUUUUUCUCCCUUUUUGGGAAAAUUGAAUAAAGCUGUUAAAACUUA